AUGCUGAGCCGAGUGCCAGAAAGGUCGCAGCGCCUCGGCUCGGCGGCCCUUCGCUGUCCCGCCCCAGAGCCGCAGACGCUGAGCGAACGGAGCCGAGAGCAGCUUGUUGUCAGCCUUGAUCAGAGGGUCAGGAGAGGUCAGCGAGGAGUCAGCGCGUCAGUUCGAGGCUUGGUGGACAGUACACGUGGCUCAUGCGUCACGCCCACCGCCCACGACGCACAUUAUGACGCCCCCACAUCACGCCCACCCCCGCCCGCACUCCAUGGAGAAGCUAGCCAGACAGUGACCAGCCAAUAUGGACCGCAAAAAACAAGGAUGAGAACAAGUUUUGAUCCUGAGUUAGAGCUGCCCCGUUUGCACCGCUGGUUCGCCGAGAAUCAACACCCUACACGCCUUCAGAUCCAGCAGUAUGUGACGGAGCUGAAUGGACUAGAGUCACGCCGAGGCAGGAAGCCCCUGGAUGUGAGCAAUGUUGUUUACUGGUUCAAGAACGCGAGGGCGGCCUACAAGCGCCAGGAGUUCCGUGCCAUCAACGGCCUCAAGUCGCCACCGCCCGACGAGACGAGCAUCUCUGAUAACGACGACCACCACGACUCCUACGCCCCUCCCACCCACAACGCCCACAGCCUCGCCAGCGAGGAAGACGACCAGCGGGGGAGCGGAGGCGUUGGAUCAGAGCCGUCGGACAGCCUGCAGGGGCGUAGCCAGGCGGCAGGGAGCUCGGAAGGGGGGCAGACCUCGGGCGGGGAGAGGUGCCCCCCCGAGAGUGACGUCGACAUGAGCGAGGACGAGGAUGACGUCAGAUCACGCGACAGUGUCAGCGUUACCAAUGAUGGAAAGUGUUCUCCCCCACCAGUCGUAUCACCAGGGGCUCUUUCCCUGCCCCCCUACCCGCCCAUACCCGGCCUGGGCCAAGGGGGGAUGGACCGAUUGCCAUACCCAGUGGUGCCAGGGUCACUUCUCCAGCACUCCAUGAUGUAUAUGGCACACUACAUGCCCCAGGUCUCGCCCUUCUCCGGCGGCCUCGGCGGGAGCGGCAUUCCGGAGGAGCGGCGCAAACGAAACCGUACGUUCAUUGACCCCGUGACGGAAGUGCCGCGCCUCGAGCAGUGGUUCGCCAUCAACACGCACCCGAGUCAUAACCUCAUCCUCAAGUACACGGAGGAGCUGAACCGGAUGCCCUACCGCCAGAAGUUCCCCAAACUCGAGCCGAAGAACGUCCAGUUUUGGUUCAAGAAUCGGAGGGCGAAGUGCAAGCGGCUGAGGGUUUCGAUGUAAGGUGGAAGGAAGGGGAGGAAGAAGGAAGAUGGGGGAAGAGGAGAGAGGGAGAAAGGAAGGAUGGGUGGAAGAGGAGGAAGAGAAGACGGGCGAAGAGGAGAGGAUGAAGGAGAGGUGAUAAGAGGAAAAAGUUGAGGCUAAGG